AUGUCACCGGACACUCAGAACCGUAAUAACGCUGCCUGGGCUGCGCUGCUGGAAGUUAAAGCGGAAGGGAAUGUGGCGUUUGGAGCGGGGGUGACGGGGGACUUCAGCAUCACGCUGACGGGGAGCAAGUUGUACUUCCACUGCAAGGGCGAGUUGGUGUUUGGCCCGGGGUGCGGGGGAGGGUUUGGCACGCUGGUGGAUUUCGAGAAGAUCGCGGAGUUGAUGUUUUAUCAGGGAGUUUCUCGGCUGCUGAGUGAGCCGGGGAAGACGUUGAAUGAGGUAAUGGGGCAGGGGCCGGACCUGUUAAGGGAUUGGUGGAAGCGACGGAAAAAGAACAUUGCCUCUUCGGCGCACUUGGCCCAACGAAUUUUGAAUGCCGCAUUCGAGAACGACACAGAGAAGGCCAUCGUCCACUUGCUGAAGCAGGUGAGCAGUUGGCGACAGUUCUACCUGGUCUUGGAGCGUAUGCACCCUGAUGCAGAGGUGGUAUCGGCAGUUGACAGUGUCAAGCGCAUCCGCAGUUACCUUGAUCGGCAGCAGGCCAAAGAAUUUUCCAACUUCAUCAAACACUUGGCGGAUCGUGCUGGCGAAGCCGUGCCCGGUCAGCCACUCCCGAAAUGGCGGCCGUGGGAGCCGAUGCAUGCGAAUGACAAGUUCGAAACGCUGCUCGCGGCUAAAGAGAACAGCGUGAUAUCGAGCCAUUCGCUUAGUGAUAAGCAGGUCAACGCUAUUGCCGAUCGCAUCGACCAACGCUACCCGAAACAACCAGCUUCGCAACGUCAUGCCUUGCUGCAGCAAGUAGUAACUGCCAUCGACAACAUGGUGUUCGUUGAGGGCGGCACUUUUGAAAUGGGUGACUUCGGUUGGGUCGGUGAAUACGAUCCUGCGAAUAUGUGUGAGUGGCCGUGUGGUUUGUCCCGGGAUGAGCUUUGGUUUCUCAUCCCUGAGGCUGAUUCCCGACCUUUGCAUACGGUACGUUUGGAUAGUUUUUACAUGUCCAAAUAUCACACCACCAUCAAGGAAGACGAUCUAUUCCGUCAUUUUACUGGGCUGCCUCAGUACCGCAUGCAGCUGACAGAUGAAGACCGUGCCGACAACCUUACUCAGCCGUACCGUGUACUUCUACCUGAGCUGUUCCUGCCAGACCUUCCAGCCCGUAGCAGGUUCUGGCAAGAAGCCAAGGACUAUUGCUUGUGGAUGGGAGACAUCAGUGGGUUUCCAAUCGAUCUGCCCACCGAGGCUCAAUAUGAAUACGCUGCUCGUUCCGGAGGGCGUUAUUUGGUCUAUGCCACCGACAACGGGAGCAUUAACGAAGGUCGCAAUAUCAGUAGUAGCACUGAUGUACACCAAGUCGGGGCAUAUCCUCCGAACCCCCUUGGCCUAUAUGACAUGGGCGCAAACGCCGUGUCCUGGGUCAAUGACUGGUAUUCAUUGGAUUACUACCAAAACUCUCCGGUGGAUAACCCGCAAGGACCAGCGACGGGGUCGGAGAAAGUUCGACGCGGUAGCGACUCUGUAUCUACUCCACAGCUUGCAAUGACGAUGUGGCGUCUUCACGACAAGCCUGAUCGCGUUCUGAGUAGUUGCAAUCAACAUCAGGCUAUUCCAAGCAAGUCGCUAAGUGAUGAGCAGGUCAAGGCCAUUGCCGAACGCAUUGACCAACGUUACCCGAAACAACCAGCGUCACAACGUCAUGCCUUGGUCCAACAAGUGGUCACAGCUGUCGACAACAUGGUGUUCGUUGAGGGUGGUACGUUCGAAAUGGGUGACUUUGGUUGGGUCGGUGAAUACGACCCCGCUAACAUGUGCGAAUGGCCCUGUGGUUUAUCUCGGGAUGAGCUUUGGUUUCUUAUACCCGAGGCGGACUCCCGACCUUUGCAUACGGUACGUUUGGAUAGUUUUUACAUGUCCAAAUAUCACACCACCAUCAAGGAAGACGAUCUAUUCCGUCAUUUUACUGGGCUGCCUCAGUACCGAAUGCAGCUGACAGAUGAAGACCGUGCCGACAACCUUACUCAGCCGUACCGUGUGCUUCUACCUGAUCUGUUUUUGCCCGACUUUCCGGCGCGCAGCAGAUUCUGGCAAGAAGCCAAAAAUUAUUGCCUAUGGUUGGGAGAGGUAAGUGGGCUUCCAGUCGACCUGCCCACCGAGGCUCAGUAUGAAUAUGCUGCGCGUUCUGGCGGGCGCUACGUUGUUUAUUCCACCGAUAGCGGAAGCAUCAUUCGUGGGAAAAAUGUCCAUGAUGGUAAAUCAAUUUACCCCGUUGGCUAUUUUCCAGCGAAUCCACUUGGUCUUUACGAAAUGGGCGAUAACGCAGUGUCCUGGGUUAAUGAUUGGUAUGGCGCCGAUUAUUACCAGAACUCCCCGGUUGAAAAUCCGCAGGGGCCAGAAAUAGGCACGGAAAAAGUUCAACGUGGAAGUACUUCGCUUUGGACGCCACAGCUUGCAAUGACGAUGUGGCGCCAUAGAAAAAGGCCUGAUAUUGGGGAGUACUUGGCUCAAAACAGUUACCGCUGCGCCAUCCAGCAGAUCCUGAGCGGUUGCAAUCAACAUCAGCCUAUUCCAAGCAAGUCGCUAAGUGCUGAGCAGGUCAAGGCUAUUGCCGAACGCAUUGACCAACGUUACCCGAAGCAACCAGCUUCGCAACGUCAUGCCUUGGUCCAACAAGUGGUCACAGCUAUCGACAAUAUGGUGUUUGUUGCGGGUGGUACUUUCGAAAUGGGCGACUUUGGUUGGGCCGGAGAAUACGAUCCCGCCAACAUGUGCGAAUGGCCCUGUGGUUUAUCUCGGGAUGAGCUUUGGUUUCUUAUACCCGAGGCGGACUCCCGACCUUUGCAUACGGUACGUUUGGAUAGUUUUUACAUGUCCAAAUACCACACCACCAUUGCGGAGGAUGAUCAGUAUCGGGCGUUUAACGAAUUGCCGUUUUACAACUUUGACUUAACCGAUGAAGACAAGAAAAACAAACAGACUCACCCUUACAGGGUACGGAACCCGGAACUAUUCAACUCGAACUACCCUGCCCGUAGCAGGGUUUGGCAAGAGGCUAAAAACUACUGCCUAUGGCUGGGAGAACUUAGUGGUCUAUCGGUGGACCUGCCCACCGAAGCUCAGUAUGAAUACGCUGCCCGUUCUGGCGGGCGCUACGUCGUUUAUUCCACUGACAGCGGUAGCGUCAUACGAGGAAAAACGCUUACGAUGGCAAGUCGAUUUACCCCGUGGGUUCCUUCCCUCCAAAUCCACUCGGCCUUUACGAAAUGGCUGAAAAUGCAAUUUCUUGGGUCAACGACUGGUACGCCGCCGAUUACUAUCAGGACUCCCCAGUUGAUAACCCCAAAGGGCCGGAAACCGGCACUCAGAAAGUUCAACGCGGCAGCGACUCACUAUCGUCACCGCAACUUGCCA